CAGAGUGACAGGCACCUUUCACCCCAGCUACUCAAGAGGGAACAGGUGUGUGAGGAUCACUGCCACCCAGGAGUUCGUGGUUUCAGUGAGCUAUGACUGCACCCACUGCAUGUCAGCCUGGGCGACAGAGCAAGACCCUAUCUCAAAAAUACAGAAAAAUCAUCAACCACUUGUAGUCGUCGUAGAAAUCAAUGAUUCCCUCCAGUUAUGUCCCUGACCCACGGGCUUCAUUUGUGCAAGUCCUGGGGCUGUGCUCUCAGCAAUGUGUCCUUCUGGGAAGGACGUCCAUUGCCCUCGAUGAUUGUGAUGCAUGUGCCAUACAAACUUCCUGUGUCCUUGUCUAUUGGUUCCUGUGUGAUUAUCAAAGGGAGACCGAACCUCUCUUUUCUCAAUGACCCACAGCUGCAGGUGGAUUUCUACACUAGGACGGAUGAGGACUCAGAUAUUGCCUUCCAUUUCCGAGUGCACUUUGGCCAUCGUGUGGUCAUGAACAGUCGUGAGUUUGGGGUAUGGAAGCUGGAAGAGAAAUUACACUAUGUGCCCUUUGAGGAUGGCGAACCAUUUGACCUGCGCAUCUACGUGCGUCACAGUGAGUACGAGGUAAAGGUAAAUGGGCAAUACAUUUACGGCUUUGCCCAUCGACACCCACCAUCACAUGUGAAGAUGAUUCAAGUGUGGAGAGAUGUCUCCCUGACCUCAGUGUGUGUCUACAAUUGAGGGAGAUGAUCACACUUUUCAUUUUUGAGGAAUCCAUUUUUCUAUAUGACCAUGGUAUUCCUAGAGCCUGUUAACAAUCCCUCCUCACCCCUUCCCCUAUGCUUGGUCAUUAAAACAGCACGAAACCUCA